AUGGGGAGUCCAGGCUGUGACCGCGUGGGGAGCACAGUGCCCCUUCCCCUGAUGACUUUCAAUGACUACCCCUACAGUGUGUCUGCCCUGAGGGCCUGGGAGGAGGAGGACACCAAGCCGCCCCGGGGACUGAUAAGUGUGCCUAAACACACCGCUUCUGAACGCAGCCUGCAAGGGGUGUUCCUGCCCUGCUCUGACAUGCUCCUCACUGAAGACAGCUUGUGGCUGUUGAAGAAGAAAGAGGCAGCACCCCCUGAGCCCCCCUGUAAGCCCCUGGAGCAGUGCCCAGUCAUCGACAGCCAGGGCAUGGGGGUGGGCCUGGGAUUGGAGGUCCCCUCUGGGCUAGAGGGACAGGUGGAAGAACGCUGUCUAGAGCAGGUCCAGAGCAUUGUCUUGGGAGAGGUAAUGAAGGACAUAGAGACCGCCUGCAAGCUGCUCAACAUUACCCCAGAACCCAUGGAGUGGAACUGUGGGAACGUCCAGAAGUGGCUGCUGUGGACAGAGCACCUGUACAGACUACCCCAGGUGGGAAAGGUGUUCCAGGAGCUCAGUGGGAAGGACCUGUGCUCCAUGACAGAGGAGGACUUCAGGCAGCGCUCAAUGCAAUGUGGAGACCUGCUGUUUGCUCACCUGGACAUCUGGAGAUCAGCUGCGUGCAUGAAGGAGUGUUGCACACCAGGAGAUACCAAGUUACAUGGUGCUGAGGAGACGUGUCCAGAGGCUGACUCAUCCUGCUCAAGCCAGCCCAUCCACCUGUGGCAGUUCCUUAGACAGCUGCUCCUCAAGCCACACAACUAUGGACGCUGCAUCCGCUGGCUCAACAAGGAGAAAGGUAUCUUCAAAAUCGAAAACUCGGCUCAUGUAGCCAGGUUAUGGGGCCUCAGAAAGAACCGUCCAGCUAUGAACUACGACAAGCUGAGUCGCUCUAUCCGACAGUACUACAAGAAGGGCAUCAUCCGCAAGCCUGAUGUGUCCCAGAGACUGGUCUAUCAGUUUGUCCACCCUGUAUGAAGCUGUUGAGCAGCCAGCCAGAAGAGGAGAACACAAGUGGUGAUGACUGGUG